AAAAUAAAUAAAAAAGUAAUUCUUCUGGGGAAACUGUUUUUGUUUCUUUAUUUUCUUCUUUUUUUCGGUAUGGGGUUUUAGUUACCUUCUCUGUAAUAGCCACAGCGCGACAGAGAGAGAAGGGAUUCCAUUUCGUUUGUGGCAACAGAAGCAACAGCUGCUGCAGCGGGGGAAGAAGUCGGUAUCAACCGAAACCGUACAGCUGAGCUCUGCUAGCAAAGAAGAUAACCGAAUCGGAAAAGACUUUGGCCAUCCUGCUUCUGUGAGGAGGGCUCAUGACGUCGUCAACGCAUGAUCGUUCUGAUCGUUUUUCAGAAAACAAUGAAGCUGACGAGCAACUGAAAAACUCAGAACAUCAGAUUCAAUCUCCGCCUCCAGCAGCAGUGACACGUCCAGCCCUGAACAUUCCUUUCUCGCCUGCUCCGCAACUUGGGGCUGGACAAGCUAUGGUGCCUGCAACUUAUCCCUAUCCAGAUCCUUAUUAUAGAAGCAUAUUUGCUCCCUAUGAUUCCCAGCCAUAUGCCCCGCAGCCAUAUGGUGCUCCACCUAUGGUUCAUGUUCAACUAAUGGGAAUGCAGCAAGCUGGAGUGCCUUUGCCAUCAGAUGCAGUUGAGGAGCCAGUAUUUGUUAAUGCAAAACAGUACCAUGGUAUAUUGAGACGCCGGCAAUCACGUGCAAAAGCUGAAUCGGAAAACAAAGCUAUUAAGAACAGAAAGCCAUACUUGCACGAGUCUCGGCAUCUUCAUGCACUGAGAAGAGCUAGAGGAUGCGGUGGCCGGUUCCUCAACUCGAAGAAGAACGAGAAUCAACAGGAACAAAACAACAGCACUGGGUCGGGCAACAAGAUGGAAUCAAACAUCAAUUUGAACUCCGAUAAAAGCGAUAUGGCUUCCUCUGAAGGCAGGAGUUAAUCCCUUAGAACAGGGCAAGAGGCAGUGCAAGAAACAACACACAAACACAAACAUACAAGUUGUUUAAGCAUCAUCCCGCUUAUAUGGAACCCUUUAUCCUCCACUCUGGUCACCUAGCAUGAUAUCAUGUAUAGCAGCGUCUUUUCUCCAGUGGCGGUGAGGUGUUUAGGGUGAGUUCUGGCCUUCCGGGUAACAGGCAUUGUAAUUAUGGAGCAGAAAGGAAACAUAGGUAGCUUGGGAUGGUUUUUUUGUUUAGAAAGAAUUUUCUAUCUUGAUGGCAGAGGGAAUAGAACUGAUACCACCACUAGUUUUGCUUCGCGGUAUUGUUCGAUGCUGUGACAGGCUUGCAGGUUCCGUUCACGGUUAGAGUUUCUUAUCGUCUUCUCGGUUGAAGUCUUGUAGUAGCUUAAGUUUUAGUUCAGAUGUUUAAGAAUUCAUGCACUAUUAUUAUGAUAUCUAGUUUUCGAACGGGUUGGAAUGUGAUGUUAAAAGGACGAGAGGGAGCUCUGCUCCUGGACUUGAGUCUUAGUUUCAACCACUGUUUCGAUCGGUGUUUAUGAUACCGUAAUGCAGUGCUAGAUUCUUAGUUUAGGAGGGCUUCUAUCCCUUUUUUGCUUCAACCUAACUCAGGUCGUUGCAUCCUCU